GUAAUGAUAGGUCACAAGAUGUAACUGAUGUCAUGGCUGAAGAUGAUUGCUUUGAGGGUCUCUAUCAUUACCUGAAGGUUCUCGGGGAAGGAAGUUUUGGAAAAGCAGUUCUAUAUAGACGAUAUUCUGAUAACUUCUUAGUGGUAUGGAAGGAGGUGAAGCUAAAAAGCGACAAAGAAAUCCAAGCAGCGCAGCAUGAGGUGGACGUUCUUUCCCUGUUAUCUCACCGGAAUAUCGUGGGGUAUUACAACAACUAUGUGGACAGUGAUGUUAUGUACAUUGAGAUGGAGUAUGCUAAUGGGGGUACCCUUAGUCAUCUGAUAUGUGCUCAACAGCAGUCUUUCGCUGAGGAGGAGGUGUUGUGGUAUUUUUACCAGCUGUGCUGCGCCUGUGUAUACCUACAUUCCAGCGGGAUAAUCCACAGAGACAUUAAAACUGUCAACAUCUUUCUCAACAAGACAGGAAUUCUGAAAGUGGGUGAUUUUGGUAUCAGUAAGAUGUUGACCUCAGACAGUGAAGCUGCUGACUCUAUUGUUGGAACUCCCUACUACAUGAGUCCUGAAAUCUGCAGAGGUUUAACCUACGGCUACAAAAGCGACGUAUGGUCGUGCGGUUGCGUUCUCUACGAAAUGUUGGAACUCCGCAAGACAUUUGAUGCAACCAACCAGCUCCGUCUAGUUUACAGCAUCGUGACAAAAGAGUUCAAGCCUGUAAGCGAGUCAUGGAGUCAGGAUCUGAGGAACAUUCUCACAAGCAUGCUUCAGAAGGACCCAGCUAACCGGCCGACAAUGCAGGAGAUAUUAGACACCCCCUACAUGAAGGGGUGUACAGGUAUACUCGAGAAUAGACUGGGUCCUCAGAACUAUGUUCGGGGUUUGUCCCAGUUGUCUCCGGGAAGACAGCCAGUUCUCUCCCAUCUCAGCUCGGAGGUGUACAUAUGGGGAGGAGGGAAGACAUCGCCACAAACCCUGGCUACAUUCAAGAAGGAGCUGGGUGCAGUGAAAGUUUGUGUAGCUCCUAAACAUUUCUGUGUUGUGACAGUGGAAAAAGAGCUGUAUGUUUGGUCCUCAGGACACCCAGGAGAGAUGUGCGGACAGCUGGGUCACGGAGACAAAGCCAGCUACCGGUCACCCAAACGAGUUGAACACUUGGUGGGUAAUGGUGUGGUGGAUGUUGUGGCGGGAGAUGACUUUACCCUGGCUGUGGUGGAGGAUGAAUACGAUGGGGUUAGAGUACUGGUAGCAUUUGGAAGUAAUUACGACGGAUGUUUAGGGCUGGGAGAAGAGGAAGACAAUAAUUUAGUUCCAGUUCCGAUUCCCUUUUUUAGCGGGGUCUCUGUCGUCAGUGUGUCCUGUGGAGAUGCCCAUGUUAUGGCAACUACUAGUCUCGGAGAAUUGUACGGAUGGGGUAACGGAGAGUACGGUUGUCUUGGAAACGACUGUGAGGACAUUGUUUACAUUCCUCAGAAACUGGAGAUCAGGGGCACAAAGUUUGCGGCAGUUUCCUGUGGAAAACAAUGCUCUUUCGUCAUUACAACUGGUGGUAAACUAAUGGCCUGUGGUGACAACCAAGACAACAAGUUAGGUAUCAACAAAAUAGGGAGGAAAGGUUCUAAAGUGGCUAAGUGCGGGGAGACCUUCACUUUUAAACCUGUCUACGGUCUUUCCUCGGUCGCUAUCAGGGUGAUAUCAGCUCUAAAUGAUCGGCGCAUCUGA